CCCGUCCCGCCCCGCCGCAGCCGCCGGGCACCGGGCACCGGGCAGGCGGCGGCGGCGCGUAUGGAGGCGGUGGCGGCGGCCCCGGCCCCGGGCGGCGGCCCCGGUACCCUGCUGCUCUGCCUGGCCCUCGCCUCCGGCUUGGCAUUCUUCAGCUGCGUGGGCGCCGACGCCAACGUCACCGCCGGGCAUGGCACGGAGGGGCUCACCUGCGACACGGCCAAGGGGUGCACAGGGAACGGGACGCAGCUGCGGCGGCAGGGCCACUUCUCCCGGUGCCCGGAGGAGUACAAGCACUACUGUGUCAAGGGGAGGUGCCGCUUCCUCGUGGCCGAACAGGCGCCGGCCUGUGUGUGCGAGCGAGGCUACACCGGGGCUCGCUGCGAGAGGGUGGAUCUGUUCUACCUGCGAGGGGACCAGGGCCAGAUCGUCAUCAUCUCCCUGAUCGCCGCCAUCGUCACCCUCAUCAUCCUCGUCGUCGGCAUCUGCCUCUGCAGUCACCACUGUCGGAGGCAGCGUAGGAAGAGAAAGGCAGAAGAGAUGGAGACUCUGAACAAGGACUCACCUUCCCGAAGCGAGGACGUGCGGGAGACGGGCAUCGCAUGAAGGUGCACAGGGCCGGGCGGCGACUGAGUCGGUGUGACCGGACCCCCCCCCCGCACCGGGGCCGGUGCCGAGACCCCACGGGCUCCGCUCUCUCCGCAGGAGCUCCCGGUACCUGCGGGCGGGUCCCGGGCGGCAGCACCGGCUGGCUCGAUGGGCGAAGGCUAAAACCGCACGGGCGGGCUUGAAUAAAAGGGGUGUCGGAAAGGUG